AUGCCACCCCGCCCCGCCCUCGCGCGUCACCUCCGCGCCGGCCUCUCCCGCCCACUCAGCGUCUCCGCGCGCGCCGCACACGCCGGCUGCUCGACCCCGCACGCGCCUCCAUCCUCUUCCUCCGCCUCUACUUCCGCCUCCGCCUCCCCGUCGUCCUCCUCUUUCCCCUCUUCCACCGCCGCCUCCCACGCCCCAUCGCCCGCCAACCCGGCCGGCGCGCGCGAGACGGCAACCGCCGGCGGCCGCACGCACCGCACCCCCGGCGCGCCGCUCAAUGCGCCCGUCGGCGCCGGCGGGCCGGGCGACAAUGCAGCAUACUGCGCGUCCCUCGUACAACGGCUCGACCCCGAUGCAUGGCUCACGAGCUACUUCUGGCCCCGGCGAGAGCGGGAGUGGUGGCUGGCCAUGCGUGCAUUCAACCCCGCGAUCGCGGCCAUGCGCUUCCAGUUCUGGCGCGACGCGCUCGCCGCCGUUUUCGGGGGUAAGCCGGUGCCGCAGCACCCCGUCGCGCUCGCGCUUGCGAGCGUGCACGCCGCGCGGCCCGUGCAGCGCUACUACCUGGGCCAGCUGAUCGAAGUGCGGGUGCGUAAGAAUGCUGACAGCGCCAAGAACCUCGCCGCGCCGCCUGCCAGCGCGACCCUCGAGCAGCACCUCGCGACGUUUUCGCCGCUCAGCGGCGCACUACUGCAGGGCCCGCUGCCGCUCGUCCUCCCCCCGACGGACCCCGAGACGGGGCAUAUCGCGCACACGCUUUCGCAUGUCGCGCACCUCCUCUCUGUGGCGAGCAUGCUGCGCGCCCUCCCCUCGCUCAUCGGUAAACGGCAGCUCAAUAUUCCAGCAGACGUGGCGGGGCGGCACGGGCUCGUGGACGAGGAGGUGUUCCGGCGCGGGGCGGCAGCGCCAGGCUUGCGCGACGCGCUGUUCGAGAUCGCCACGCGCGGGAUGGACGAGCUCAUUACGGCGCGCAGGGACCUGUCAAAGACAAACGGCAAGGUCGUGCCCAAGGAGUGCAUGCCCAUCUUCCUGGCUGCUGUCCCCGCCGAGCGAUAUCUCCACCGUCUGGAGAAGGCCGACUUUGAUGUGUUCGCGCCAGAACUUGCCAAGCACGACUGGCAGCUCGCCCCCAGAAUCUGGUGGACGUAUCAGCGCGGCAAGCUGUAG